GGGGCGACAUGAAGCCGCGUGGAGCAUCUUCACAUGCACACGCCCUCUGCGACUGCCACUUCCAGACUUCCAGACACUCGCUACUGCCUGCUAUACCAUCAAUCACACAGCGCCGCGACUUCCUUUCUUGCCACUGACUCUUUCACGCGGCGGGCCCACUUCCGAAGACACGUUCGACUUGCGAAACGGGAAUACUUAAGCUCCACGAAUCCCCAACCAAUUUGCUGCCUCGACCUGUUUUGCACGAACAUCACAUCGGCCACACCCUGGGCGUGAGGCCCAUUCUUCCUCACCAUGCGCGCUUCUAGUCUGUUAUCGUGGGCGGCGACCGCACUCCUGGCGGCGAAUCCGGCCUCAGCGGGGCUGUUUAGUAAUGAGAAUAACAACGUGGGCGGAUUGAUCAAGAAGGACGAGGAUGGGACACCCAAAGAGACGAUAUUCAAUGGCAAGACUGUGCCGCCGAUGACUGAGCUGGAAGGCGAUAAGAUCGACGAUACGGUCAAGGACGGCUACUGGAUGGUCGAGUACUUUAGCCCGUACUGCCACCACUGCAAAGCAUUUGCUCCAAUCCUGCAGACGCUAUACGAGUUCUACUACACAUCAGACCCUGUCCCGCAAACCUCUGGAUCGGGAGAGUCACACGACGAUCUGAACAGCUUUACGAGAUAUUACAACUUCAAAUUGGCCAAGGUGGACUGCGUUGCAUUUGGAGAUGCUUGCGUGAGCCACGACAUUCAAUCUUUUCCUACUGUGGUUUUGUACAAGGAUGGUAAGGUGGUCGAGAAGAAGACUGGGCAAAAAGAUCUUGCUACAAUGAGCAAGUGGGUCGAGGAGAUUCUGGAAACGAUCAAGCCCGGCAGCAGACCGCAGGGCGGCCCAAAGCUGCCUAAAGUGGGCGCGAAAGAAGCGCCUCCACAGCCCGCAAUGGUAGCAAUGGCUGCCAAGGAUGGCGAUGACAAGGUUGCAGCUGGCAAGGCGAAGACGACAUUAACUGGCACUCGAGUAUCCGAGCACAUCAAACAGACUCCAAACCCCGCUGGCAAGAGCGUGGCCUUGACUGCCGACAACUUCCAGCGGAUGGUCACGACCACUCUCGAUCCAUGGUUUAUCAAGUUCUACGCCCCCUGGUGUCAUCACUGCCAGGCAAUGGCUCCAAGCUGGCAAGGCAUGGCGAAGCAGAUGGAAGGCAGACUCAAUGUGGGCGAGGUCAACUGCGAGGCUGAGAAGCGACUGUGCAAGGACGUCAAAGUUCGAGGGUACCCUACGAUCAUGUUCUUCCGUGGUGGCGAAAGGAUUGAAUACGAAGGACUACGAGGCCUGGGUGAUCUUCUCAACUUUGCCAAUAAAGCGGUGGGUCUUACAGAUGGCAUUAAAGAUGUGACCGCGGUCGAAUUCGAGGAGAUGGAGACUAAGGAAGAGGUCAUCUUCCUGUACUUCCACGAUGAUGCCACCACGAGCGAAGACUUUGCGGCACUGGAUCGCCUAACCUUGAGCCUGAUCGGACACGCAAAGCUGGUCAAGACUCACGAUCCAGCCCUUGAGGAGCGCUUCCGCAUCUCGACCUGGCCACGGCUUCUCGUAUCUCGCGACGGAAAGCCAACGUAUUACAAUGCCCUAUCCCCACGCGAUAUGCGCGAUUUCCGCCGCGUCCUCAACUGGAUGCAGACUGUCUGGCUGCCGAUUGUCCCUGAACUUACCGCAUCCAAUGCCAGAGAGAUUAUGAACCACCGUCUGGUCGUCCUCGGCAUUCUAUCUCGCGAUCGUCCAGAGAGCUUCGCUCAAUCGAAACGCGAAAUCAAGAACGCCGCUCUCGAAUGGAUCGACAAACAGACACAAGCCUUCCAGCUCGAACGCCAAGAACUUCGUGAUGCUAAACAGCUCCGUAUUGAAGAGGCCGAGGAUCGCAACGAUCAAAGAGCUCUGCGCGCCGCCAAGCAGAUCCGCAUCAACAUGGACGAUAUCGAACGCAAAGAAGUUGGGUUCGCCUGGGUAGAUGGUGUCUUCUGGGAGCGAUGGAUCCGCACCACAUACGGCAUCAGCGUCGCAGACGGAGAAAAGGUCAUCAUCAACGAUGAAGACAACCACCGAUACUGGGACGUCACAAUGACGGGUAAUCCAAUCGUCCCUUCAAGAACAAGCAUCCUCGAGACACUACCCCGCAUCGUAGCCAAUCCACCAAAGAUCUCCCCGAAGUCGACGACGAACGCCAUCGGACACGUUUGGUGGGUCAUCAAGGGCAAUGUCGGCAGACAUCCUUUCGUCUCAAUAGGACUCCUCAUCGGUGUCCUUAUCGUCGGUGCGCUUUACGGAAGGAAACACCUCCCUGGGAGAGGAGGCUACAUCCGACUCGACGAGAAAGGAGGCCAUAUGAACGGUCUGUUGGGCGGCAACAGUGGAGGCGGAAAGACGGAUUGAGAGCUUCGGAAAAGUCAAGUCUCUUUGUACGAAUAAGGUAUGCGUGGGCGUGAAAGCAUGGCGUUUACGAGGUGUUGCCUGGCGUGGUGGAGCAGUGUUGACUCUGGAUGUGAAAAUCUUCACCUUGUGGAUGAGAUAUGAUUGAGAUUAUUCCCUUUGACUUUUUCUACUCUUUCCUACUGGAAGUAAUCAAGAUUCCCUUAUUUUUGUUCAAUUUUCUGGCUUCACUUAAUUGUGCAGACAUCGUUGUUGUGUUUUGAGGAC